UUUUAUCAUCGUUAUGGCUCAAGAUUUAUAUAAUAAUAUCUAUUCUCGAUUUCACUCUGUACGUGAAUAUCUUGCUCCUAUACUCAAGGAUUCCAAAUUCAAAGAAACCGGUUGCUUGACUCCAGAAGAAUUCGUUGCCGCUGGAGAGUUUUUAGUUUAUAAAUGUCCAACUUGGUCAUGGGAAUCUGGAUUGAAAGAGAAACAAAGGGACUACUUACCUAGUGAUAAACAGUUUUUGGUCACUCGAAACGUACCUUGUCUUCGAAGAGCAAAGCAAAUGGAAUUCACAGACAAUGACGAUCAGGAUACCAAGAUGAUACAAACAGAAGAUGAGGGUGAAGAAGAUGCUUGGACUUACACACAUAGUUCUAGAGUGACACAAACUAUGGAUGAAAUGGCACAGCAUAUUCUUGAUGACGAGGAGUUGGAAGAAGAAGCAAGAAGACAUAUGGCUUCUUUGAAGGUAGACGAUAAUAAUGCACAGCAACCAGCAUUGGAAGAUAUUCCUGAUAUAGAUGAUAUUCCGGAUAUGGAGGAUGAUCAAGUGGAAGAAGAAGAAGAUCCUGCUAUAGCUACUCAAGCUCAUGAUGAUACCAACAAUGACAAGAUCUUACAAGUACGAACAUACGAUGUAUUUAUUACUUAUGAUAAAUAUUACCAAACUCCACGUAUAUGGAUAUUUGGCUAUGAUGAACAACGACGACCAUUGACUUCACAACAAGUCUUUGAAGAUGUCAAUCAAGAUUACGUCAAGAAAACAGUGACCAUUGAACCACAUCCUCAUCUUAAUUUGAAUUUAGCAUCCAUCCAUCCAUGUAAACAUGCUGAAGUGAUGAAAAAGAUCAUUGAACGAUUGGGGAAUGGUGUUUCUGCUGGAUUGACGGAACAAGGCGAAGAAAUUCGUGUAGACCAAUAUCUAGUCAUCUUUUUGAAAUUCAUCAGUUCUGUUGUGCCCACCAUUGAUUAUGAUCAUACCAUUAGUGCUUAGUUAUACAUAUAUAUAUAUAUAUACUGGUUUUUUUCCUUGAUAAUAAACCUUUAUUUUUUUUUCUUUUC